AUGUCGGUUUUACAUAAAACAUGUUUUUAUAAUUUUAAGGGAUUCUUCGAUAUACCUGUUGACAAUUUGUACGCUGAACCGGCAGUCUUAAAAUGGAUUAAAGAAAAUAUACCAGAGUGGAAGAAUUCUAUUAUUGUAUCACCCGAUGCUGGUGGAGCCAAACGUGUGACAUCUAUUGCGGACCGGCUGAAUGUUGAGUUUGCUCUUAUUCAUAAAGAAAGAAAAAAGGCUAACGAAGUAGCUUCCAUGGUCCUUGUCGGAGAUGUGAAAGACAAAAUUGCUAUUUUAGUAGACGAUAUGGCGGACACUUGUGGUACUAUCGUACAUGCUGCUGACCGGUUGGUUGAGGCUGGUGCACUCAAGGUUUAUGCCAUUUUAACUCAUGGUAUAUUUUCGGGUCCGGCGAUUUCCCGGAUUAACAACGCUUGCUUCGAGGCUGUCGUUGUUACGAAUACAAUACCGCAAGAUGGACAUAUGAGGGACUGUCCGAAAAUUCAGUGCAUCGAUGUUUCGAUGAUGUUUGCCGAAGCUGUUAGAAGGACACAUAAUGGCGAAAGUGUUUCAUAUCUCUUUUCAAAUGUUCCGUAUUAAUACCUAAUUAUGAAAAUAUCGUGCAAAUGUCAGUUAUCGUUACUCGCAUAUGCUUUUCGUUGCAGAUUAGUUUUAUUUGGAAGCAUAUUGUAGUUAAAACUAUCAUUUUAUCCAAAACUAUUUAGAGGAAAUAUAAUGUGAACACUUGUUAAAUUUAUUACCAAAAAUAAUAAUAUAACUUGUUAGGAACCCCAACCACUCAAAUCUUAGUUUUGCAUAAUAUAUAAAAAAUCCUUACCUUAAAUCUUUAAAAUAGUUCUUCAAUAUCCACUCAGAUUUUGUUAAUUCCUAUUGAGUUGUAUAACAAUCGACUUAAAUAAAAAGUAUAAUUAACAAACAUGGA